CUGCGCUCAUCGCGGCGCGUCUGACCCGGAGGCGUGCGACUGGCCGGCAUGGCGCUCUUCCACGUCGCGCGGUACGCGGGCCCCGAGGCGGCCGGGGCGGGGGCCGAGGCGGACGGCCGGGCGCGCGCGCUGCUGGAGCGGCUGCAGUGCCGUGCCCGAGAGCGGCAGCAACAGAAGCAGCCGCAACAGCAGGAGGCCGCGCGGACGUCGGGGGCGGCGGGGCGGCGGCGGCGGCGGCCGCGCAGACCGCGGAGGCGCGAGGGCGGCGGGGCGCCGGGGAGCCCGCACGCGCCGCGGGGGAAGCGGCGGAAAGCGGACGGCGAGGACGAGAGCGCAGGGAGCAGCGAAGGGGCGCCCGGAGAGAGCGGCGCGGACGCCGAGGGCGCGGGGCCGCCGGAGGACCCAGGCGGACGGCCCCCCGGAGAGGCGCCGGGGACUCCAGCCCGGGCCCUGCUGCUCGGGGGCUGUGGGAGAAGCAGAGCGCCGAAGGUCCAGCCUUUCCUGCCAUCGUGGUUGGCUGAGCCAAGCUGUGUUGGAAAGAGUGUCACUGAAGAUUUGGUGCCUGUCGAGGACAUCCCUGAAGUCCACCCUGACAUGCAGAAGAAACUGCGGGCUCAUGGCAUAUCGUUCUACUUCCCAGUCCAGGCAGCAGUGAUUCCUGCCCUCCUGGAGAGCACAGCCGACGGGUUUCUGGUGGCCAGAGGUGGCUACCAGCCCAGUGACCUUUGUGUCUCUGCCCCAACGGGCAGUGGGAAGACUUUGGCCUUUGUCAUUCCGGUGGUACAGGCCCUGCUACAUCGAGCUGUUUGCCAGGUCCGUGCUUUGGUUGUGCUGCCCACCAAGGAGCUGGCCCAGCAGGUGAGCAAAGUGUUCAACAUCUACACAGAUGCCACUCCUCUGCGUGUCGCCCUGAUCACUGGGCAAAAGUCACUGAUCAAGGAGCAGGAGAGUCUCGUCCAGAAGACAGCACACGGCUUCCGCUGCUUGGCUGACGUGGUGGUGGCCACUCCUGGUCGCCUGGUGGACCACAUCGACCAGACCCCAGGAUUCAGCCUCCAGCACCUCCGCUUCCUGGUCAUCGAUGAGGCCGACCGCAUGAUAGACAGCAUGCACCAGUCCUGGCUGCCCCGGGUGGUGGAGGCGGCCUUCCCGAGUGAUGGUGCCAAGGACCCCUUUGCUCUGCUACAGAGGAGGCAACCCCGGGCCACCACUGCCGCCAGUAUCUCUUGUCCUCAGAUGCCGCUGCAGAAGCUGCUCUUCUCGGCCACCUUGACGCAGAAUCCUGAGAAGCUGCAGCAGCUGGGCCUCUACCGGCCCCGGCUCUUCUCCACGGGGCUGACGUACAGGGGCCCCAGAGACACUGAUGAGGACGGGGACUCCGGCGGGAAGUACACCUUCCCCGCAGGGCUCUCGCACCACUAUGUGCCCUGCAGCCUCCGCACUAAGCCACUGGCCAUCCUGCAUCUGAUCCUGGAGAAGAAUUUCUCCAGGGUCCUCUGCUUCACCAACUCCCGCGAGAACUCGCACAGGCUCUUCCUGCUCGUCCAGGCUUUUGGAGGUGUGACCGUGGCUGAGUUCUCCUCCCGCUGCGGGCCUGGCCAGAGGAAGGCCGUCUUGAAGCAGUUUGAGCAGGGCAAGAUUCAGCUCCUCAUCAGCACAGACGCCACCGCUAGAGGCAUUGACGUGCAGGGCGUGCAGCUGGUCGUCAACUAUGAUGCCCCUCAGUACCUGCGUACCUACGUGCAUCGGUGA